AUGAGCAGCAGACAUCAUCAUUACAAAAGUUCAUCCCACAAUCGUCGAUCUGACGAUGAUCGAAAUCGUCCACAUAGUUCCUCUCAAAUGUCUUCACGUACUGUUAUUUAUGAAGAACCAUCUUCAACAUCUAAAACUUUGAAAUCGUCGGUUCGGCAAGUUACGCAAACAUCGUCCUUUUACAACACAGCAACAACGAGCAAAAAUGAAAGUUCAAAGCCAUUAACCAUCGGCAGCGGAAAACAAUCGAGACCAAUCAAUAGUGAUAUAUAUCAUUCGGAAAUCAUCGAAGAUGACGAUGAUGAUGAAGGUGAAAUCGAAUAUAUCCCAGCUGAUCAAAGCAAACGUCCAUCAAGACGAAGUACGAGUAAAGAACGAUCAAAACGGCGACAUCAUUCGUCUAGUCGAUCUUCAAGAUCCGACGAGAGCUCUAAUGAUGAUACACCCAAACAUAAUCAACAAAAGCAUAGGCGAAAAGCUUCAUCAAGAGAACGACGUUCGCCAUCGGAAGAAGGAGAGGAAGCUGAAUCCGUUUCAGAUGCUAGUGAUGAUCAACAUUCCAAAGAAGAUCAUCCGUCAACUGAAGAUAAACAAGAUCAUCGUAGACAAUCGUCUCCUGAUGAUGCUUCACGUGACAAUCAAGAAAAACUUGAAGAAGAAGAAGAAGAAGAAGAAGUACAAGAAGAACCUGCUCCACCACCACCUCAUCGAAGCCGUUUCGACGAUGAGGAAGAUGAUGACGAUCAACACGAAGACGAUGAAGACGAGAAUGACAAUGAUCGACAUCAACGUCAUCACCAUCAUCAUCGCCAUAAUCAUCAUCAUAAACGAUCAAGACGUCACUCAUCCUCGACACCCGCUUCGUCUUCAUCAAAAUCCGCUAUGACACCACCUAUAUCAAUUGAUCAUCAAGUCGAAAAAGAAUUGAUCGAAGAAAAGCCCAAAUUACCCAGUUACUAUCCUGCUAUACAAGGUUGUCGACGCGUGGAUGAAUAUUUAUGUAUGAAUCGAAUCGAAGAGGGUACUUAUGGCGUUGUCUUUCGCGCACAAGAUAGAAAAACAGGUGAAGUCGUUGCACUGAAACGAUUGAAAAUGGAAAAAGAAAAGGAAGGUUUUCCAAUAACGUCACUACGAGAAAUCUGCUGUAUUCUUAAAUCACAGCAUGAAAAUGUUUGUACUGUUCGAGAAAUUGUUGUUGGUGAUGACAUAAAUCGUAUUUACAUUGUCAUGGAUUAUGUCGAGCAUGAUCUCAAGAGUCUUAUGACCCAUACAAUGAAAAAACCAUUUUCGAUUAGUGAAGUGAAAACUUUGAUGUAUCAAUUACUAGCCGGUGUAAAUCAUUUGCACGAUAAUUGGAUUAUUCAUCGAGAUCUCAAAACAUCCAAUCUUCUGCUCAGUAAUAAGGGUAUUCUCAAAAUCGGUGACUUUGGUCUUGCACGUGAAUAUGGAUCACCAUUGAAACCGUACACACCCGUCGUCGUCACACUUUGGUAUCGAGCGCCGGAACUUUUACUUGGAAUCAAAGAAUAUUCUACACCUAUCGAUAUAUGGAGUGUAGGUGCUAUUUUUGGUGAAUUAUUGACAAUGAAACCAUUGUUUCCCGGUAAAUCAGAAAUCGAUCAACUGAAUCGUAUCUUCAAAGAUUUGGGUACACCAACAGACAAAAUUUGGCCUGACUAUAAUUCGCUUCCAUUCACUAAGAAAAUGACAUUCUCGAACUAUCCUUACAAUCGGCUUCGAUCAAGAUUUGAUGUGUCCCUGUCGGAAAAAGGCUUCGAUCUGUUAAAUAAAUUUUUGACUUAUGAUCCAUCGAAGCGAAUAUCUGCAUUGGCCGCAUUGAAACACGAUUAUUUUGAAGAAAGUCCUCGUCUGAUUGAUCCAUCAAUGUUUCCAACAUGGCCAUCGAGAAACGAAGAAAAAACCAAAGUAACUGCGCGCAGUGGUACUCAACAUGCGUCUGGCUCAAGUACAGCAACAGCUCAAAAAGAACCAACUCCACCGGCAGCUGGAAAGAUGUACGAGAAAUUGCUUGGUGGAGGCGAUGAUGACUCAUAUUCCAUGGAACAGAUAAUACCAUCAGGUCCUGGUUUUCAACUUCGUGGUUGA